AAUUGGUCUGGGAGUCUUAUUGUAGCCUCUUUAACUGGUGCUUUUGGGUCAUCUUUUCUUUACGGUUACAAUCUCUCGGUGGUGAACGCUCCGGCAGCGUAUAUCAAGAAGUUUUACAAUGAAACAUGGGAAAGAAGAUAUGGCUUCUCAGUGGAUGAAAGCACGCUGACUCUCCUCUGGUCUAUAACUGUUUCUAUUUUUGCCAUUGGUGGCCUUGUGGGUGCCAUUAUUGUUACCCCAAUCGUAAAGUUCUUCGGACGGAAAUGCACGUUGCUCCUCAAUAAUGUGUUUGCAGUGACAGCUGCCUUGUUGAUGUCCCUCUCCUUGCUGGUGGGGUCAUUUGAAAUGCUCAUACUGGGACGCAUUAUAAUGGGUGUUGAUGCAGGUAUUUCUCUAAGUGCCCUUCCCAUGUAUUUGAGUGAAAUAUCUCCUAAGGAAAUCCGUGGUUCAUUGGGUCAGGUCACAGCAAUUUUCAUCUGUAUUGGUGUUUUUGCUGGUCAAGUUUUGGGGCUGCCAGAAAUAUUUGGGCAAGAAUCUCGGUGGCCUUACUUAUUUGGAGCGAUCGUUGUUCCUUCAUUGAUACAAGUCAUGAUUCUGCCUUUUCUUCCUGAAAGUCCUCGUUACCUCCUACUUGAAAAACAUAACACGAGCAAGGCAGAGAAAGCAUUUCAGACCUUCCUUGGGAAAGACGACGUGUCUCAUGAAGUAGAAGAAGUUUUGGCAGAGUCUCGGGUCCAAAGAAACACCAAGUUAGUGACAGUACUUCAGCUCCUGAGAACCCGCGCUGUGCGUUGGCAGGUCAUUACCGUGGUCAUCACCAUGGGCUGCUACCAGCUCUGCGGACUAAAUGCUAUCUGGUACUACACAAACAGCAUCUUUAGCGAAGCUGGGAUCGAUCAUGAAACAAUCCCCUAUGUUACCCUAAGUACUGGUGCUGUUGAGACUGUGGCUGCUGUUUUUUCUGGCUUAGUUAUUGAACGGCUCGGACGCAGGCCUCUUCUCAUCGGGGGUUUUGGGUUGAUGGUUCUCUUCUUCGCAGUACUUACUGUCUCUCUAACUUUACAGAAAACCGUGCAUUGGCUUCCUUAUCUCAGUAUAUUUUGCAUCCUUGCAAUCAUUGCAUCGUUCUGCAUUGGACCAGGUGGCAUUCCGUUUGUCCUCACCGGAGAGUUUUUCCAGCAGUCCCAGAGGCCAGCUGCCUUCAUGAUAGCUGGGACAGUCAACUGGCUCUCCAACUUCGCAGUCGGACUGCUCUUCCCUUUCAUUCAGGGUGCGUUACAGACCUACUGCUUCCUGGUGUUUGCUGCCAUCUGCUUUGCAGGAGCUGCCUACCUGUUUUUUGUCCUGCCUGAAACAAAACAUAAGACAUUUAACGAGAUCAGCCAGGCAUUUGCCAAAAGGAAUAAAGUAACUUUAGAAAUGCAAGAAAUGAACCACUACCCGGGGGAGAGGAAAUCGAGUGCAGAACAAGAAUCAAACUUCACGUCUUCGGUGGACAACGGCGAAACCAAGAAAGGGAUUGUGUAA